CUGACGUAAGCGCGUCACGUCAACAGGAAACACGAUGUAAACACAGUAAAACAAACAUCACGCUAAUUGUCUCGGUUCGCUUUUGUUCCGUUAACGCGGACUGACUGAAGUUUAUCUCAUUUAUUAUCUCGCGGUUUUAAAUAACUGCGCCAUUAGCUGACUGCGGCUAACGCGAGUUAGCUGCUAGCACGCUAGCGUUCACCACAAUGGAUGAAAACAAGAUGGUGGCUGGUAAAGUUAAGAAACCGGGCAAACGUGGCCGCAAACCUGCAAAGAUCGACCUGAAGGCCAAACUGGAACGAAGCCGUCAGAGCGCCAGAGAGUGCAGAGCGAGGAAGAAGCUGAGGUACCAGUACCUGGAGGAACUGGUUUCCAGUAAGGAGAGAGCCAUCUGCGCUCUGCGGGAGGAGCUGGAGAUGUACAAGCAGUGGUGUUCGGCCAUGGAUCAGGGGAAGAUCCCCUCCGAGAUUAAAGCUCUGCUGACCGGAGACGACCAGAAAAUGCCUCAAGGCGGCAGCAGCACCAAGUCGUCCAAGAACAGCAAGAACGGCAUCAGCAGCAACGGCCAGGUGUAAUCCGGCCCUGCGACAGAGACUGAUGGAGGGAAACUGCUGCUGUCGAUCGUCUACAAUCAAUAUAAUUAAGCAUUCAUUAAGAGCUGAAGUGACUCGCGGGAACAUUCAUGUACUUACAGGCUUAUUUUCUACAUUAGUUACUCUAAUAUCUUUAACAGUGAGAUGCAUUUAUGUAGGUAAUUCCUGAAACUUUGAUUUUGAUGUUUUCAGACCAGUUUAAGCUUCAGAAUUUAAACAUGUCACUCAUUUCUCCUCCAGUUCAACACUUUUUAUUCAACAAGCCUUUUUAACCCAUCUGUUCUUCAUCAAGGGUCGGAGACGGUUUCUCACCGUCUGCUUUCUAGAGCUUUUACAAAUCCAAAAUGCCUCUGAAGGAAGUUUCAGCCUGAGGCUACACCCACACUCCUACGCUUCAGUUUUAAAACGCAGACUUUCGGCUAUGUUUACGCCUGCCGUCUGGACUGAAAUGGCAAAUCUGAAAACGAAGAAGUUUGAAAACGCUCACCUUUUGGCUUCCUGAUUGGCUCUUAUCAGUCAUGCAAAUAUUUAGUUUUGGUAUUUAUAUUAAAAUAUUUUGUACUGUGUAAAUAACACUUAUACACCUGUACUGUGCAUGUCGCAGUAUUUACUUUGCGCCGCCGCCGUCUCUCUGUCCUCCCGUGUUCCUUUCAGUAACCGUUCCACCUCGCUGUCGGUCCGUGCAGAGAAAUCUCUGCUGUGGUUCUUCUCCAUUGCUGUUCUUCGUGGAUGGAGAUCGUAGGAGUGUGUGUUGAGAGAGGAACCGUUUUAAGGAAGACGUUUUAAUAAGAUGAGAUAAGAUUUUUGAGAUUUUUACCCAUUCAUGCUGUGGUUGAACUGAAUUAUUUUUUAAUCAGAGCUUAACAGUAUCAAUUCCAAAAUAUUACCUGCAGUGCGACCUUUCGUGCAUGUUUCUCAAGACUUGCUGCUGCAUCAAACAUGUUCAGCUUUGCACAAACGUCCACAGAAGUCCGCAGUUCUUCUUCUGUUCUUCCUGUCCAGCGGGGCAUUGCAUGCAUGGGUUAAAAAAAUGCUUCUCACGUGUUUCAGUAAAAAACUAAACUCAAAUCUCUAACAUCUUUUUUCCAUUCUAGUGAUCCUAAAGAGAAAAUUCUGCUCUUUAAAACUCAUUUCUAAACACAGGAUACUUGAGACAUCCGUUCUUUAAUCUCUCAUUUCAUAUGGAGUUUCCUUUUUUUUCUUAAAAUUUUCCAUGUAAAGCUAGUGAGUAUUAGGGCUGAACGAUUAAUCGAAAUCUUUUCAAACUCACUAGAUGACCUGAAAUUUUCAAAUCGCAGGAGGUGCAAUAUUUGUUAAAGAUGAUUUGUGUGUGAGAAUACCGUUUUAAAUUAAACAUUUUGCUGCAGAGACGUCCGGGACUGCACAUGAAAAUCUACAGACUUAAGAAAACGUCUUUGUUUGGUACAGAUCCUGGAGAAAAAAAAAAAAAUCACACCAGAAUUCAUUUUAAAUAUGUUUUUCAGUGAAAAUGAAAAUAAUCACAGUAAGAUGUUUUUUUUCAAAAUCGUUUAGUCCUAUUGUGAAAAGUUCCUAAUUUAUGAAUCAUUUAGAGAAAUUUUGGAUUUGUAAAAGUUUUCUAAGCAGACUUUAACUUCAACUAACGAUUAGUUAGAUAGUUGUUUGAUCCAUGAACUCAGAAAAUGGUGAAAAUGUCGGUCACUGUUUCCCCAAAGCCCAAGAGGACGUCACGACCCAAAUAUAUUCAGUUUACUGUCACAGAGGAGCAAAGAAACCAGAAAAUAUUCACAUUUAAAAAGCUGGAAUUAAGAGUUUUUGCUUAUUUUCUUUAAUCGUUUUGAGUCUUUUUUUUAUUUUUAUCGAUUGACGAAUAAUCAACUAAUCGGUGAAGCUUUACAGAUUUCUAAACGUAGUGUUUCUGAGUGACUGACCGAUCGCUGUGAUGAAGGUGGAGAAAGAAAAACAUUUUGUGAAUGGACCCGUGUUUUAAACUUAAAGGUAUGUUGCUCUUCAUGUUUGUGGAUGUACUUUGCUCUUGUUGCUGCCCCGCUACAUUGUUAGGAAUUUAAAUCUCGUCGUGGUUCUACAGUAGGCUAUAUUUUUUUAAACGUGACUAAAGAUGGCCUUCCUGCUGUAGCGUUAUUUUAAAGAUCAGGAGGACAGGGAGUCGGAAUGUACAGCGAUGUUGAUAAGUCUGUUGGAUAAAUCUGGAGAUAUAUUUUUGUAUUUUGUAUAUCUGCUCAGAGGAAGCGUGUGCGAGUGUUUUGUGUUUUUGUUCGAGUCCGUCUGUUUCAGCACAACAGGUUGGACUUAUUACUUAGGUUUUUCAGAGUAAAAUGAUGUGGUGACGAUGAAGUACACAGAACAAUGAGUGGGUUCACUGCCCAGAAGCUUCUCUCAUCAUUUAGUUUCCACAUUUCUGUUUGUUGUUUCUCACUUGAAUCCAGUAGUUGCAGCAUGCAAAUCCUCACAGGCGUUAAUUUCUGAAUGUGUUUCAGGAUUUUGUUUUUUGCCGGUGAGGUAAUGUAAAUGUAAUGCCUCGUGUCUUACUGCUUUGAUACUAGUUUGAUGCUUUGCAACAAUAACUGUGUCUGAACUCUUUUAGAUGUCAAAGAUAGUAAAAGAGUAUUUGACUGAUGCUCGAGUCCCGUCUGCUGCUUGUCUUGUAGAAGUACUAAAUACAAACACUAAAAAUGG